AUGGGCAAAGAUUCACCAAGUGCCCAUGCAGAACUCGGCCAUGCGCUGGUCAGAAUUGAUUCUGGCCUACCGUGUCAGGUGGGCGAUCAGGAGUUCAGCCGAUUUUCGUGUUCUAAUGAAUUUUCCUGGGAUCCUGCCCUUCUGAAGUCAAUUGCUUUACUCGGCGGUAAUAAGAAAAUCAACGAACGCUUGGAGCCAGAAUUGCCACAUUUCUACAGAAGACCAUGGCCAGGUCUACGUUGCCCACAUGCCAUUCGCUCGGCCUUUGUAGAAUCAAAGUAUGACUUUGAGGAGUUUAUGGAAGACGCUGCUCUACACGGACGCCAGUGGCGCUACUCUGGUCCAACAAAAUCCGUAACACUUUACAAGAAACUUAAGAAAACUAAUAAAUUUGUGGAAAGACGCUUUGAAUUGUGGUUCAAUCAUGGUGAAAUGAAAUAUUUCAUACAGCCUGGUGAUACAGAGCCGAAAUCCACUAUAAAAGUUAAAGACAUAGACGUCGCUUGGAUCGAUUCUGUUGACUUAGACGCUCCAGCAGAUGUGUGUUUGAUGUUCUCCUUUUUAAAGAAUGAUGCAUUUCGCUUCAUAUUUAUCUCUUCUCCCAUACGAGGCCUGAUGGUAGAAUGGUAUAAUGCCAUACGUAAUGCAAAGUGUCAUGUUGGUAGUCAGGAUCAGCUGAUAGGCAAUGUUACCAAUGAUGUAACGAUUUCGGGCUGGCUGGAAAAGUCAGGCCCAAAGUCAACAGACUUAUGGAGAAAACGCUGGUGCAUGCUUGUUGGUUACAACUUUCUCUACAUGGAGCAGCCGUCUUCCCCAUACACAAGUGGUUAUAUACAGAUUAGGCGACCAAAUCAAAGUGUUGCUGUUCUCUUGGAUUAUACACCGUCGGGCCGAAGGAACGUGAAUAAAUUCUACUUUACUCUGCGUACGCCGGCUCGCGAUUAUGGCUUCUCGGUGACCACUGAAGAGCAGCGCAAUGCAUGGGUCAACGCUCUAAAUGACAUUAUCGUAACUGGAGAGAUUUUUUAA